GGCUGGCUGUAUUACGGACGGGUAGCGCUAUGUUGUACAAUGUGAGGUUAAAACAGCUCGUUUACUCCUAUUUUGGGUUUUUGCUGUUUUUAGUAGGACUCCAUCAAGCCGAGGGGGCCGCAACAGAAAUGGCAAACCUGAACUGGAAGCCGUUUAUCUACGGGGGAAUGGCCUCAAUUGUCGCAGAAUUCGGUACCUUCCCCAUUGAUCUGACUAAAACACGGCUGCAGGUUCAAGGGCAGACGCACUGUAUGGAAGUCCGCUAUCGGGGUAUGUUCCAUGCUUUGUUCAGGAUCGGACAGGAAGAAGGCAUCCGGGCAUUAUACUCCGGGAUUUCCCCUGCACUGCUUCGUCAGGCUUCAUAUGGGACAAUCAAGAUCGGUACAUACAACACACUAAAGAAACUGUUUGUUAGCCAUCCUGAAGAUGAGACCAUGGUGAUUAAUGUGUUCUGUGGUGUAGUCUCUGGAGUUUUGUCAUCCUCUUUGGCUAAUCCUACUGAUGUUCUAAAGAUCAGAAUGCAAGCUCAAGGCAGUCUGUUACAAGGCAGUAUGAUGUCUAACUUCAUCAACAUUUACCAGACAGAGGGCACACGAGGCCUGUGGAGGGGUGUCAUUCCCACAGCACAAAGAGCAGCCAUCGUGGUGGGUGUGGAGCUACCGGUCUAUGACAUCACCAAAAAGCACCUGAUCCUUUCAGGCCUGAUGGGAGACACUAUUUUCACACAUUUCAUUUCCAGUUUCACUUGUGGUCUGGCAGGGGCUCUGGCCUCCAACCCAGUGGACGUUGUGCGGACACGUAUGAUGAACCAGCGUGUGUUUGCUGGUAACCCUCUGUACAAAGGUACCCUGGACGGACUCAUGCAGACCUGGAGAAAUGAGGGCUUCUUUGCUCUUUAUAAAGGCUUCUGGCCCAACUGGCUGCGUUUGGGGCCCUGGAACAUCAUUUUCUUCAUCACAUUUGAGCAGCUGAAGAAGCUUCCAUUGUAGUCGAGUGAAUCUGUGACUCUUCGCUGGACUGUCUGCGCGUAUAUGCAAGGCUUCUGUUAAGCUUUCACCGCCCCAUCUCCAUCACUCACCUGUAUGUUUAUUUAAGAGCUUGUUUUAUUUUAGUUCUCAUUUGUAUUUGUACAUAUUUGACAUUUUAAGACACUCCUUUUUGCACCUUUUUAUUCCUUGAACUCCUGGCAGCUAUCUCAUCUGUCAGCGCUAAUGCUCAGAAGCCCAGUGUAGUUACAGUAAUGUAUGCUUGCCCAGCUUGUAGCCACACAGGUGUACAUUUGAUGGAAAGGGCUAUUUGUUAAACUGGAAUACACCAGGCAUUGUUUCUUAGCUCUGGCUUGGGAGUUUGGCAUCUUUUUGUGCAUAGGAUAUACUGAAUGUUACUGAAGACUGGUCCACAGGAUGGGAAUGUAGAAGGAGCAGUAGUUUAGUGUUUAACUGAACAAUGUUUGUGAAAGGAAGCAGAAGCUGCUUCAUAUAAGAACCCAUAGAAAUAUUUGAGGUCAACACACUUUAAAUUAGCCUUUAAAUUACAAGGGUAUAAAUUAGUUAUGGCUUCAGUAGCAGGAAUGCCUUUUUAGAUUAUGCAUACAGUGCAGACGUGAUUGGCUCUCUGUGUUUCAAACCAUGAAUAUUGAAUCUUUGAACACAAUGUACACAAAAAGUGUUCCCGUAUUUAAAGUUUCGAAGACCUCUAUGAUAUUGCACAAGAUAUGUACUGUUUAUUUUUUCUUUUUCUUUCGGUGAUAUCUUUUUUGCCAUUUGCAUGUGUGUUUUGUAUGUAGAGUGUGCUUGUGUGAGUGGUUGUGUUCUGUGAAACACAUGUAAAAUGUCAAAUUUUUUGGCAGGCGCCAAAGUGUGUAAAUAUUGCUACUGAACGAUAGAAUAAAAUAUUAGAAUACACAGUUUUUUUGGUUUAAAUCAGACUUUGUGCAAAAAGGGUGGGAUGCAUUUUGGGUGCUUGCCUUAUUGCCAAAGUGUACAUGUAUUGAACCAGAACUACAUUGUUGUUGCGGAGUUUUCAAAAGUAAUACAUUAUUAUAAUUGGGUAAGUACUGUUAUAUAUUCAUUACUGUUUGACAUCAAUAUUUCAAGCCUUAUCACUUGCUUUAAUAUGUAUGCCUUCGCCCGAUCUGUUUAUGCCUCCUGAUGCGCCCUUGUUCAUUACUUGUAACAUGUUCAUUAAUAAAUCAAACUGGACACUUCUAAGCAAGCAUUAAGUCUUGCGUUUUGCAUAAAGAAAUGGUUCACCCAAAAAUUUCAAUUCUGUCAUUUACUUAAUAAUUACCCUUUCGUUGUCCAUAUGAUUUUCUUCCAUGGCACGCAAAAGAUUUUUGUUAGUUUUUAGCAAAUGCUAAAAUUAUGCUUUCAAAUUCUGAAUGUGUGCCUAGCAUUGAUGAUAACCUAGGUACUGUUCACGUUCUUGCGCUAAAAAAGCAACGGAGAUGUCUCGAAGCAUGUUUUUAAAGGUUUAAGCUCUUUUUAACUUGACACGGCAUCUAAAAAAUGCAGCAUUCCUCCGAAAGGCACUGAAAAAUCAGCAAGAUGCAAAGCAACAGUGAAAAACUUCAGUCUAGCGCAUGUUUACACAAACCACUGAAAAAUGGUGACACAAAAAUGUUCAGUGUGAUUUACCCCCUUAGGUGGAGGUCUUUGUCUGUUGUGUCUUGCAGCAUAAGCAAUGCAUUUUAAAAACACUGUUUCAUUUACAUUUAUGCAUUUGACUUACAGAGCCCUUAUUACAGGGACAAUCCCCCUGGAGCAACCUGGACUUAAGUGCCUUGCUCAAGGACACAAUGGUGGUGGCUGUAGGGAUCGAACCAGCGACCUUCUGAUUAACAGUUAUGUGCUUUAGCCCACUACGCCACCACCGCUGUUUCAAGUUGAAAGGAGUUUAAGUGAGUUUUGAGAGUUAAGAUUCAAUAGGCCCUCUUGCAGACUUUGGAGAUGAUGUUGAUUAAAACAAUCUGAGAAGGUUAUAGCUGCAGGCAGAGCUCCAAAAAAGGUGUGGGAGCUCCAAACCGCCAUUAAAGAUAUAGGGAGCCCCUAACCGAACUCUUUCCCUUUCCUUAACUGUGAGUGGAAGUGCAACUCCCAUUUAGAGUAAUCACACCCCUUUUAGAGUAACUCCACCCUCUUUUGGAGAUCCUGUCCCCAUUUGUAGGUCUCCGGCCUAAUUAUAGACACACACAAAAACAAUCACACAUCCAGCAACGUCAGAUAACCACCUAAUUUCUCCAUAAACUAAUUUAAUUUCCCUAGUCUUCUAAAUGACCCUACUUCAAAGGCCGCCAACCUCCCCAUCUCAGAGCACCACUCCAGCUGACCUCCAACCCCUUAAAAUAAUCUUAGUACCCAAAUCUUUGUGUCUAUUCUCAGCAUAGAUGACUGCCCCAUCAGCCAGAAUACAGAAUCUGGGGCAAAAUGAAACCAGAGUGCCCAAUACAUCACACACAAGACUGAACCUUCAACACAAACUCCUGGAUCUUAACACCCCCCAAAAGACAUGGGUUAUGUCUCCAUCCUCUGAUUAGACAUUAGUGUCUUUUAGACCAAGCCAAUACAAUCUUGAGGGGAUCCAAAAUAAUCUAUGUAAAAUCUUGAAGUGUAUAAGGCACACACUUGCUUCUCUAGAUGCAAACUUUUUUAGAAUCCUAGCCUUUCUCUCCAAUACCAAGUAUAAAUCUUUCCUCUAAUCCCUUGAGAGAAGUUGAAGCUCCGUCCCCCAGACUCUGAAUUAGCAGGGAGUAAUACACUGCCUCAUGACCUUUUCCAAAAGCCGUAAUCACCACUCCCAGAGUAUCUGCUGCUUUAGGGGUGUGUGUGCUACUCCCAAAACUAGUACAGAGCAAGUGGCGCAGCUAUAAAUACCUAAAGAACUGAGAUCUGGGAAUCCCAAAAUGUUGAACCAGAUUUUCAAAGGAUUUCAACACUCCGCUCUCAUACAAGUUACCAAGUGUAUUAACCUCCCUCACAAUCCACUCUGACCAGCAGAAAGGGUACUUAUUAAUACAUAAUUUGCGGUUCAGCCAUAAGCUUGGGAUAACAUUUAAAUGUCCGAAUUAAACACUCUGGACACUUUUGUCCAUACCGAGUGUAAAUGCGAGAUAACUGGGUGUAAUUUAACUUCUCCAGUUAGUUUGAUAGGCUUUGCAAUGGCGAAGUAGGGGCAAGAACUUCCUUUUCAAUACAAAACCAGGAAGGGGCUCUCUCAGGUGAAAGCGACCAAUGAGCCAAAUGUCUGCGACCGAACGCAUAAUAAAACUAAACUAUAGGGAGUGACUGUAGCAGGUAGUUCAUUUUAAUAAUAUUAACCUUCCCAAUCAUCGAUAAAUGUAACUAAUCCCACAUCGCUCAAACCUUUUAUUAAAGGGUCAAAAUUAACUAACUAAAUCACACACAUUUACUGGGAAUAAAAUAUCCAAAUGCAUAUUUCCCUGUUUGGGCCACUGAAAGGUACCCGGGUGAAAAUCCGUUAUCGGGCAGCACGCUGUCAGAGCCAAAGCUUCGGAUUUAGACCAAUUAACUCUGUAUCCCGAGAACUUAGAAAAGGAAUUAAUAAUUCUGUUACGGCAAGGCAUAGAUCUAGAAGGGUCAAAGACGAAUAAUAAAAUAUAAUCCGCGUGAAGCAGAAGCUUAUGAGCCACACCUCCCACCAUCACCCCUGGAAAAUCACUCCUUCCUGCUAAGUGCAACCCUGCCAGGUACCCCUAUCCAGAGUAAAAUAAUCUGAAAUUAAUACAUUUGUUUGUACCUCUGCUACAGAGUGUCUAUAAAGUAACUAUACCCAAACCCGUAUAUUUCCAAAAUCUUAAAAAUAUAAUCCAAUUCUACCAUAUCAAAUGCCUUUUCAGCGUCAAGUGAGAUGGCCAUGACCGUAGUCUGAUCAUUUGUCACUGACAACAUAAUAUUGAUGAAACGCCUAAUGUUAUCAGAAGAGCUGCAGCCCAGAAUAAACCCACCUGCUCUGUAUGUAUAAGAGAUGUGAUAACUUAAUCGGUUAGCCAGAAUUUUUGACAAUAUUUUUUACAUCUAGCUGGAUCAGGGAAAUUGGAUGGGAACUCUUACACUCACUUGGAUCUUUGUCCUUUUUAAGAAUCAGACUAAUCCGGGCUUGUGUUGAUAUGAUUUCAUUUUUUCCAUAUGUGGAAACACCUCUAAACUCACCAGGGUGUGAGCUGAGACUUAAGAUGUUUCCAAUUGAGCAAUUCACAACCGAUGCAAUGAGGGACUUGGAUAUAUUUAAAUAAAUCUAUUCUAGAAUAAAUUUUAUGUACUGAUGAAAAAACCAGAUGGGUUCAAAAGUUUCCUAAUAUCUGUAAGACAAAGAUUUUUACACAGCAUGUGAUGCGUCAAUGUUGCUCUAGGGAUCUUACACACUUCAUUAUGAUCAAGGACUGAGUCCAUCAAUAGAAUAAAGUCUCCUCCCAAUAUUAUAUAAUGUGGGGUGCCAGCGGCUUUGUUAUUGAAGACAACGUGUGCAAUUUGUAGUAUUUGGAAUAAGCCAAAGGAGAUACUGAGCAUAGAUCAUCAUCUUUAGGUGUGUAAAUAUUGGCCAAAAUCAACCUUUACCCCUGAAUUUCUGAUAAAGCAAUAAUGACACUUCCUAAUUUAUCUUUAAUCUGUUAAACUGUUUAAUCCGUUAAACAAACUCCAGCCACAAGGCGGAACCAGCACAAAAAGAACCAAAAAAGGCACCCAAUUUCCUUGGAGAAUCAAGUGAAUGUUCUGUGAGUCAGACUUACUCGGGUGUUACAUGAGUGCAAAAAGAAUGCCCUAUUCACUCAAACGUUUUGCAAGAAAUAUUCCACAGAACAAACUCCAACUAAUAGGAGGCGUAAGAACAAAGAAUGUGCAGAUUCAUCCACAAAUGAAUCUGCACAUUCAUCUCCUGAAUUAGUGUUUUUCUUUUUUUUUUUUGGAGUGUUACUGCACAAAACAUACUCCAGAACAAAGCAAAGAAGGUGCUUAGUUCCUCGAACGAUCAAGUGAAUGUUCAUUGAGUCAGGUCCACUCGGCUGCAUAGAAAGUAUCAAACAAUGACCUACUCAUUCCAUUGACUUUAUGAAGGACAUUGCUUGCUGUGGCAUGUAAAUAUUUUGUGGCCAUCCUUGGUAUCUAUUCUCAAUUUAGCCGGGGUCAUCAGUUUAAAAGCAACCUUCCCUUGAUGUAAGAGUUUCUUGCACUCCUUGAAUCGAUCAUGUAUCUCUCGUUGAAUUCACAAAGCCUGGGAACAAGAAACAAGAAAGUGGUUCUUCCAAGAAAGCCUUCCUUUACUCCUUGCCUCACGUAACACAAGAUCUUUAUCAGAUGAUUUCAGAAAUUUGGCCAGAAUUGAUCGGGGCCUGUCUUCCUCAGCGGAUCUCCGAGCCAUAACCCUGUGAGCUCAAUCGAUUUCCAUCUCAUGGCCUGUUAUGUCGAGCAGACUCUGGAAGAGCUUGUCUUGGAAUUUCACCAUAUCUUGGCAUUCUUCGUUCUCAGGAAUUCCAACAAUUCGGACGUUGUUUCGCCGGCUACGAUUCUCUAAGUCUUCUAACUUUUCCAAAACACGCUCCAAGUCUAUCUUGGUCGCUAGCGGGUUAGCAGCUAAUUCCCCCUCCAAUGACUCCAGAUAAUCGAUCUGUUUCUUAAUGUCCGACACUCUUGUAACCACCUCAGAGAAUUUCUUCUCCAUGGCAGUGAUCGAUCGACGUAAUACAGCCAGAUCCUCCUAGUCAGCUAUGACCUUCGCCAGCAUUGCCGAGAUGCUCGACAGUUGAUGGCGAAUCUCUCCUGCCGCACCGUCCAAACAGAGUCCCUAGUCUGCGGCCCUGACAGGGGUAUCAGCUUGAGCAUGUAAGUGUCUUUUAAUGUCUCCAGAGCCUGAGACCUUAUUUUACAUAUAGUCUUCAAAGAACAGUUAUGGUUCAGGGUGUAUAUAAUCUCACCGGUUUAUCACAUAAAAAGUAUUAAAAACCAGCAAAGUGCGCAGAUUUGCCAUUCACACUUCCUAAACUUGCAUGGCGCCAUGCGACUCCAGUUUUGGUAAUAUUAAAGUAAAAAAAAAAAUUCUCAGCCCUGUUGACAAGCCCUUCUGUCCAACAUCUCCUUUUAUGUUCCAUUGAAGAAGAAAAAAAAAGUCAUAAGGGUUUGAAACAACAUGAAAGUAAAUGAUGAAUUGUCAUUUGGGGUGAACUAUCCCUUUAGGUUAUAUAGGCAAACUUGUUCAUAUGACUAAGAGGUUGAGAUCAAGGCGUCCUGUUUGGUAUACCUGCUUUCAGUUUUUUCUCAAACUUUGGCUUCUGCUGGAUUGGUGACUAAAGCAUGGUGCAUGUUAUGUUCCUCUGAGUAACUUGUGAAAAUGCUUAUUUCCAUGUGUAAGAAAGACCAAGAACCACAUUAAUCCAUGUGCCAGUAUUUUUUCUUUAAUGUACUUUUAGCCUGCUCUUGGAUCAAGCUCGAGAACCUCACAGUCUCUGCUAUUACGUUCUUAUUUUCAUUAUUUGCUAUUUAUUUUGCUUAGCAGAUAUUAAAUUAAAUUUUUAUUUAAUUCAGAAGAUAUUUUAUUUACACAUUUCAUAUUUCUGAAUGAAUAUACUGUUCACUAUAGGUAGGCCUACUUUGAGUGUGUUAGAUGUCAUUUUAAAAAGACUAUAAAGGUUUUAAAAUGUAACGUACUGUAUGAUGAAUGUUCAGACUGCACAAUGUUGUAUAUUGAGGAAAACAACGGUCAGCUUGACAACUGACAUGGCAUAAUAUUUUACCCAUGCUUGAUAUGUUAAGCAUCUAGAACUGUUCUUUUGAAUAACUAAAUAUGAUAAAUUAGAUUAUGAAAAUGUGCAGUUAGUUUUCAAUUGAUUUUUUUUAUUUUAUUUUUACUUCACAACAGGAGAGUUUGGAAUUAGGUUAUGAAAAUCAGAUUUGAUCAACGUAUUAAGUUCCCAUCAUUGUUUGCUUUAUGUAUUUUUUUUUAUUUUUAUGCUGCAACGUAUGCCAUUUUACUAGAUUAUUUGUCUGCUUACAGUUGCCUUGUGAUUUCUUUGUGACCCGCACUUUGGUUAAGAGUCUUUGGUGAACAUAAACAUUAUUUAUUAUGAUCUGCUGCUUGAAGAAAUUAUAAAUUGUAUAAAGAAUGACCUUUUUGUGGAUUAGUUUUUUCAUUUUGCUUUGAUGUAAGUGUGCACCCUGACAAUAAAAAAACAAUGUUC